AUCCUCGCAGAUGAAAUCGCCCUCUAUGACCGCCAAAUCCGCCUCUGGGGCAUGGCCGCGCAGGCCAAGAUCCAAAACGCAAACAUCCUCCUCAUCACCAUCCGCGCCCUCGCCAACGAAAUCGCCAAGAACCUCGUCCUCGCCGGCAUCGGCUCCCUCACGGUGCUCGACAGCGCGCCCGUCACCGAGGCCGACCUGGGCGCGCAGUUCCUCCUCGCCGAGGUCGACAACCCCGUCGGCAUGAACCGCGCCGAGGCCGCCAGCGCCGCCCUGCGCAAGCUCAACCCGCGCGUCCAGGUGCACGUCGACGCCGAGGGCGUCAAGGCAAAAGGGCCCAGCUACUUUGGCGCCUUUGACGUCGUCAUCGCCACCGACCUUGACCCGGACUCGUUCAACCUCAUCAACACGGCCACGCGCCUCAACGGCAAGGCCUUUUACGCCGCGGGCACGCACGGCAUGUACGGCUUCAUCUUCAGCGACCUCAUCGAGCACGACUACGUCAUCGAGCGCGACCUCGGCAACGUCGCCACCGAGCCGCGCCAGGAAACCCGCACGCGCUCCAUCGUCAAUGUCCAGACGAAGAAGGAGGGCCCCAAGACGGUCGAGUCCGUCACCAAGCGCGAGCUCUACUCCACCUGGUUCCUCGCCAGCGACGUCGCCGGCCUGCCCGACGAGUACGCCAAGUCCAGGCGCCGCCUGCGCAGCGUCACCCCGGCCCUCUCGUGCCUGCGCGCCCUGUGGGAGUUUAUGCAGAUCCAGGGCGGCCGCCUGCCCGGCACGCGCGAGGACCUCAAGCUCUUCACCCAGAUCGCCACGCACAAGCACAAGGCCCUCAACCUCCCCAGCGAGACCCUGCGGCCCGAGUUCCUGCGCAGCUUCCUCCAGAACCUCGGCAGCGAGAUCGCGCCCGUCACGGCCAUCCUCGGCGGCCAGCUCGCCCAGGACGUCAUCAACGUCCUCGGCCAGAAGCAGCAGCCCAUCCAAAACAUGGUCAUCUUCGACGGCACCACCAUGGAGGCCCCCAUGUACCCCCUCCAUCCCGAGGGCACCCUCGGCGCCAACCUCCUCUCC